CUCCGGGUGGAUCAGAAGUGGAGAGGUGGAAUCUUCCAUGUUAUUCUGGAAUGUGGGAUAAGACAGGGUCCCAUGACAUGGAGGAGAACAGCAAGGAGAUUUCCUGGACCCCUCUUUGAAUGGGUUGAUGCUGGUCCUGCUGGAGCUGAUGAUCUGAACCAGUCUGUCAGCCACCUAGCUCCCCCUCCUCCAAACACAACCACUGCCCAUGUCCUGAUCCCAGUGGUCCAGCUUGUCUGUGGUGACUGGUUGGCUGGCUGUGGCAUCACACUCUCAUUGGCCCUGGGACUCCUCUUCUACGUGACCACACCCCUUCCUUCACAUCCAAUCCCAACAUGGAACCACCCAAGGUGCAGCAGCCAGGCGAAGGAGGCCUCAACGUCACCCUCACCAUCAGGCUUCUGAUGCACGGCAAGGAGGUUGGAAGCAUCAUUGGAAAGAAAGGAGAGACAGUGAAGAAGAUGCGUGAAGAGGUAAGUGCAAGCGGUGCACGCAUCAACAUCUCUGAGGGAAACUGCCCAGAGCGGAUAGUUACCAUCACCGGACCCACAGAUGCCAUCUUCAAGGCCUUCGCCAUGAUCGCAUACAAGUUUGAAGAGGAUAUAAUCAACUCUAUGAGCAACAGUCCAGCCACCAGCAAGCCUCCUGUCACCCUGCGUCUGGUUGUCCCAGCCAGCCAAUGUGGCUCCCUCAUAGGGAAAGGAGGCUCCAAAAUCAAAGAAAUGAGAGAGUCCACAGGUGCUCAGGUACAGGUCGCAGGGGACAUGCUGCCCAACUCCACUGAACGAGCAGUCACCAUCUCAGGAGCUCCUGAAGCCAUUAUCCAGUGUGUCAAGCAGAUCUGUGUUGUCAUGCUAGAGUCCCCACCGAAAGGUGCCACUAUCCCCUACCGCCCCAAGCCUGCCUCCACCCCCAUCAUUUUUUCAGGUGGCCAGGUAAGAGCCGACCCGCUGGGGGCCUCCACUGCCAACCUCAGCCUCUUACUGCAGCACCAGCCACUGCCUGUUAGUGUCACUUCCAGGUUUUAUCACUCACCUCUUCACCACUGCCACUGCCUCUGCUAGCAUGAUAUCAUCACCACCAUCAUCACCAGAACUGGGCUAGCUGCCAUUUCAGCACCAGUUGACUCAGGACUUGAUCCUAAACAUGAUCCAAAAAUAUGUUGGAUGUUGGAUGGAGUUGCUGUGCUGGCUGGUGUUGAAAUGGAAUUCAGCCCAAUGCUGACCCCAUUAUCACGCUGUGAACCCCGAUGAGCACACAUCAAUUAGGUCCAAUCACAUUCCCCUGACAGUGGGUCCUUGACUCCUUCCUCCAAUCACAUCUCUCCCCAGCCCUCACCGUAUAGCCACUCCCACCUGGCUGUUCUCAGCCAGUGAAGUUAACCUGAACCUGAUUGAUGUGAGGGGUGAAGAACUAGAGAGGGAGUCUAGAGGACAAUGGAGGAGCUUGCAAUAUGAUUAAACAUUUACAUUUACAUUUAAGUCAUUUAGCAGACGCUCUUAUCCAGAGCGACUUACAAAUUGGUGCUUUCACCUUAUGACAUCCAGUGGAACAGCCAC